UCCCCCACUCCCCACUCGCCUUCCGUCCUUGAGCCACGCCCGCGAAAACCCUACCUCCGGAGCCAUCGCCGGGCGAGAUGAAGGGCGGCGACAUCGAGGCGGGCUACGCCGACGCCGCGGCGUCGAAGGGGGCGGCGCUGUACCCCGGGGCGACGGAGAGACCCGAGCUGCGCUGGGCGCUCAUCCGGAAGGUCUACGUCGUCCUCUGCCUGCAGCUUCUCCUCACCGCCGUCGUCGCGGUCGUCGUCGUCAGGGUCCGGGCCAUCCCGCGCUUCUUCGUCUCGUCCUACGCCGGCCUCGGGCUCUACGUCUUCCUCCUCAUCCUCCCCUUCAUCGUGUUGUGCCCGUUGUCCAUCUACCGCCAGAAGCACCCAGUCAACCUGCUGCUGCUUGGUGUCUUCACAGUGGCCAUCAGCUUCUCUGUGGGCUUGACAUGUGCCUUUAACAGCGGCAAGGUCAUUUUGGAGGCUGGGAUUCUUACAGUGGUUGUUGUCUUGAGCCUCACUGUUUACACCUUCUGGGCUGCGAAGAGGGGCAAGGACUUCAGCUUCCUUGCUCCUUUCCUAUUUGCUUCUCUCAGCAUGUUGCUCGUCUUUGGGCUCAUUCAGAUCUUCUUCCCGCUGGGCAAGCUGUCUCACACGAUCUAUGGUGCGCUGGCGGCGCUCAUCUUCAGUGGCUACAUUGUCUAUGACACGAACAACAUCAUCAAGCGUUACACGUAUGACGACUAUGUCUGGGCCGCCGUCUCGCUCUACCUUGACAUCAUCAAUCUGUUCCUGGGCCUGCUGACCCUGUUUAGGGCGGCUGACAGCUAGGCGCGUCGCCCUGCCCCUGCUCUCUCGUGCUUCAAAUCCCGUGGACGAAUGUGGUAUCCUGACGAGUCCCUUGACAUGAAGAAUUGCAUAGGCUGGUCUAUCUUGCUGGCACGGUGGAGGUGCUUCUUAGUUUAGUUGAGUUAUUAAUCCCUAUUAGUAGAGAGCAAACAUAAGAAAACUGCUGUGCGUCGGUUGUAUUAUACGGAUGGUGGAUGUGAUGCUGGGUUUAGGGGGGGCUUGACAUGCUGGACUGCUGGUGCUGCGUUUCUGAUAUCAUUUGUGUAGCCGUAUGACUUCUGGACGAGAGCAAUAUUGUUUCCCAGCACUUAUGAAUUUGUGGAUGGUAUUUGUCCUGGACUAUAUGUGAAAUAGACUAUUCUACGCCA